UUGGAAAUCCAGAAAGCCAUAUAGAAAUCAUUAGCUAGCAAAGCAUAAUUAGAAUCAUUAUUCAUAUAUAAUUCCUCAUCACCAUGCCCACUCUUAUUAAUUAUAAAACCCACCACCACAACCAUAACCACCUUAAGAAGAAGAACAAGAAAAGAUCAUGGGUGGGGAGUUGUCAAAACAGGUGGAGAGACGGAAAUCCGUGACAACCCAAAAGAAGAUAUUAUCCGAUCUUCAAAACACAUGCGGUCAAGAAUUCACAGGUUGCGAUUACCGUCCUCCCGACCGUAAAAAUUGGAUGUCCGGACUAAAUCCAUCAGAAAAACUCCUUAUCAAAAACAUCGUAUGGCCAGGCACCCACGAUUCCGCCACAAACAAGAUCGGAAUCCCAAUGGUCACACGUCCGUUCGCUCAAUGUCAAUCCCUCUCAAUUUACCAACAACUCUCCCUCGGCUGUCGGGUUCUCGACAUCCGAGUCCAACAAGACCGCCGCGUCUGUCACGGAAUUCUCGUCACAUACUCUGUAGACAUAGUCAUUCGCGACGUCAAAAAGUUCUUAUCAGAAACCCAAUCAGAAAUCAUCAUCUUAGAAAUCCGCACAGAAUUCGGCCACGAUGACCCACCUGAAUUCGAAAAGUAUUUGGAGGAACAGCUUGGCGAGUUCUUAAUUCAUCAAGACGACCAUGUGUUCGAUAAGACGAUCGCUGAGAUCUUACCCAAGAGAGUAAUCUGCGUUUGGAAGCCGAGGAAAUCGGCACAACCCAAAUCAGGAAGUGCGUUUUGGAAUGGAGGGUAUCUAAAGGAUAACUGGAUAGACACGGAUCUUCCAUCCACAAAAUUCGAUAGCAAUUUGAAACAUUUGAGCGAGCAGCCGCCGGUUUCGUCUAGGAAGUAUUUCUACAGGGUGGAGAACACGGUGACGCCUCAGCCGAAUAAUCCGAUUGUGUGUGUGAGGCCGGUGACGAAUAGAAUACAUGGGUACGCGAGGCUGUUUAUAAACAAAUGUUGCGAGCAGGGAUGUGUUGAUCGUUUGCAGAUAUUCUCUACGGAUUUUAUAGAUGGAGAUUUUGUUGAUGCUUGUGUUGGUCUCACCCAUGCUAGGCUUCAAGCUGCUGCAUGCACCUAAACUGCUGAAUUAUUGAUUCCAAGAUUGAUUGAUUUCUCAUUAUUUGUGUA